AUGGAAUACUCCUUGGUCAAGACCGAGCUGCUAGAGAUUCUUGAUCUCUUUCCGAGAUUGCCAGGGAUCUUCUACGCAACGCAAUUGCUUGAUGAUACGGCCUUACUCGAGGACAGAUAUGAUGUAGGGAAUUGCAAGGGCAGCACUCUUGAGUCCGUCCUUCAGGUCGAAAGAACGGUUCCUUUCGCUGCAAAAAAUACCGUCCUGCCAGCACCACUCCCGAUUGUACUCAAGAAGACAUACUCUUUCGGCCGGUUCUCCUCUCCACUAGAGUUUACAGGAGACAUCGGAAAGGCUGUUGACUGGAAUAUGGAGACGAGAAUUUUGAUUCCCCAGGGCUUCCUUUCACCUGAGUUUCCAGUCGUUAGCGAAAUCGGCUUCCGUGCUACUCCUGCCGCACGUAUUUUCUCACUAUACAAUAGCGGUGCGGCAAGGCGAGUCGGUUCAUGCUCCCUACUAGCGUACCCGCCUCCUAUCGGGUGGCGAGGGCCCCCGGAGGGGGAUGAGUUAUGA